AUGAGAAUCUCCAGGUCCAGAUGCCUAAUCCUUUCAUUUAUCCUCAUAUGCCGGCUGAUCCCAGAAGUCACAGUAGAUGCUGAAGAAGCCUCAGAUGGUCUCAGCAAGACCCGGGAACCCAUAUGGCUCACAGAUAUCCCAGCUACCGAAAAACUCAUCAAUGCUGCUGAAGUCGCCGUCAUAGGCUUCUUCCAGGAUUUAGAAGCACCGAUAGUGUCCAUAUUCAGCAGCAUGGCACAACAGUUCCAAGACGUAUCGUUCGGAAUGAGCAACAGCUCUGAGGUUCUGAGCCACUACAACGUCACCAGAAACAGCAUCUGCCUCUUCCGAAUGGUUGAUAAUGAGAAACUGCAUUUGGAUGCUAAAGACAUUGACAGCUUAGACGCCGCCAAGUUGAAGCAAUUCAUUUACGUGCAUGGCCUCCACUGGGUGACAGAGUACAGUCCUCUGAUUGCAGCUGGCUUAUUUAACGCCAUGGUUCGGACCCAUCUGCUCCUGAUAAUGAACAAGGCUUCCGCAGAGUAUGAAGACAGCAUGCAGACAUACCGGAAGGCAGCUAAGCUCUUCCAGGGAAAGGUUCUCUUCGUUCUGGUAGACAGCGGCAAAAGGGAGAAUGGAAAGGCGAUAUCCUACUUCCAACUAAAGGAGUCUCAGCUGCCCGCUCUCGCCAUUUAUGAAACCGAGAAUGACAAGUGGGAUACACUGCCCAUCACAGAAGUUACAGUGGAGAAAGUCCGGGACUUCUGUGACGGCUUCUUAAAGGGAACACUGCUGAGAAAUCACACAGCUGAAGAAGAUGCCAGGAAGGAGGAGCUCUGA